CUCUGAUCUGUUACGAGUCGUUUUUGACCCGAACGAAAGCUUUCUUCUUUCUUUCUUCAAUGUCGUUGAAACUAUCGAAUUGAAAUUUCACUCUCUGUUUUCCUAAUUUCACGCUUGAAAUUCAUCUCCGAAUUCACACAGAAUUUGGAUUCCACGACAAGCGAGAAAAACGAAGAGCUUUGAUUCUCUCUCUCUAUCUCUCCCUCUGCGCCUCUUUUGGUCGGCUGUGUGUCUGCCUCAUUGCGUUAGGGUUUUCGAGAAAUGAAAUCUCCGCUAGGUAAGCUUCGAGGAUUUAAGCUUCACAAGAGCGAUGCUAAGGACAAAAGAGACCUUUUACCUUCCGCUCAGUUGGAUGAGCUCGCUGAAGCAGCCCAGGACAUGCAAGACAUGAGAAAUUGCUAUGAUAGCUUACUUUCUGCAGCUGCUGCAACGGCAAAUAGUGCAUAUGAAUUCUCAGAGUCACUGCGGGAAAUGGGUUCUUGUCUGCUGGAGAAAACUGCAUUACAUGAUGAUGAAGAAAGUGGCGGAGUUUUGUUGAUGUUGGGGAAAGUGCAGUUUGAACUUCAAAAACUUGUUGAUAGUUAUCGGUCUCAUAUAUUUUUGACAAUUACAAAUCCAUCGGAGUCUCUUCUCAAUGAACUUCGGACAGUUGAGGAUAUGAAGCGACAAUGCGACGAAAAAAGAAAAGUCUAUGAAUACAUGGUGGCACAACAGAAAGAAAAAGGAAAGUCAAAGAGUGGGAAAGCUGAAAGUUUUUCUUUGCAGAAACUGCGAACAGCUCAUGAUGAAUAUGAUGAAGAGGCAACCCUGUGUGUUUUCCGGUUGAAAUCUCUGAAACAAGGACAGUCUCGAAGUCUUCUAACACAGGCAGCUCGUCAUCAUGCAGCUCAGUUGAAUUUCUUUAGGAAGGGACUUAAAUCACUUGAGGCUGUUGAUCAACAUGUAAAAUUUGUUACAGACCAACAACAUAUUGAUUAUCAAUUCUGUGGGCUUGAAGAAGAUGGUAGGGAAGAUGGUGAAGAUGAUGAGGAUGGUGAUGAUACAAAUGGAGGGAGGGAACUGAGCUUUGACUACAGAGCAAAUAAGCAGGGGCAUGAUGUUGUUUAUGCGUCUAGUAAUUCAAUGGAGGUGGAUGAUGUUGACUUGUCAUUUCCUCAAGCUUCAAUGACAGAAAGUGCAGAGUUAAAUCCAGACAAAAACCAAGGGAGUUUCCAGAUCUCAUUUAGGGAACAUCGACCAGGAAGCCAUUCUGCACCAAUAUUUCCCGAAAGAAAACCUGAUCCAGUUGAAAAAAUGAGACAAAUGCAAUCAUCUGUAAGGAAGUCCAACACAUAUGUGCUGCCCACACCUAUUGAUGCUAAGGGUGCAAUCUCGUCAAGAACAAGUGGUUCACUUAUCCAGACAAAGCCAACUGACCUCAGUGGACGCACCCAUAACUUGUGGCAUUCAUCCCCAUUGGAACAGAAGAAGCAUGAAAAAGAUCCUGUUGACAGUCAUCUGUCAGACUUCACUGUCUUAAAAGCAUUUUCAGCACACAAAAAGAGCAACAGUAACGCCUCCACCCAGUUACCCCCUCCUUUAGUGGAAGGAACUUCACUUCCACAGCUUGAUACAUAUAAUGCAUCGGAUCACAAAAAGGUUAAACGGCAGUCUUUCUCUGGUCCAAUAACUAGUAAGUCCUGGUCUAUGAAGCCUGCUUUAUCCGCCAGUGGUCCCAUUUCCUCUAACGAACUUCCCCAACAAGUUUCUGGCGUGUUUCCACGUGUAAUGAUUCCUCAGACUACAUCUCCAAAAGUAUCCCCAACUGCUUCACCUCCUCUUGCAUCUUCACCCAGAAUAAGUGAGCUUCAUGAGCUUCCUAGGCCACCGGUUAAUUUAGCCUCAAAACCAGCAAAAUCAUCUGCACUAGUUGGUCACUCUGCUCCGUUGGUGAGAAAUCCAGAGCAUUCUGGAACAAGCAAGGUUCCUUCCACAACAACAAAUUACGCAUCUCCUCUGCCAGUUCCACCUUUGGUUGUCCCUCGGAGCUUCUCGAUACCCUCCAGCAGUCAGAAAGCAGUAACAGUACAUGUUUCUAAGUCUGCCGAGUCUCUGCAUGUCCCAGAAAAGGCUGAAGAAGUUGACUCUCCUCCAUUGACACCUAUUUCCCUGGCAAACAUCAAACAAGCAUCUACCCUAUCUGAAUUGGUCCCUCAUUCUGGUCAAAUUAGAGGUGGGAGCUGAUAUCAUGCACGUUAGAUGAAUUUAUGAUUUUUUUUCAAGACUGCCUGACACAAUUCAUUUCCUUUUUCCGAUCUCGUCUUCUUCAACCUGGGUACUGUAAAUAGUAUGUUCUAUGCAUUGUUUAGUUUCUCAUCCAAAUUUUUGUUCGUGUGAUUGAUUUUGAUGAGAACUAAGCUCCACAUAAUUGUGCAUUAUUACACUGUGUAUAUCAUCGAUCAAGAAAUUUUGUUUUUGGUUCUACCUUAUUAAAAAUUUCCAACCACAAA